CUCCUUUCCUCCAUCCUCCUCGGGUGUUUUCUCUCUCGCUCCCUCUCGCCUUUUUUCUUUUCUUUUCUUUUUUUGGGCCCCGCCUCCCCCCCGUCGGGUCUCUUGUCAUCUGCGGAUUAUGUGCGCCUGGUCCUGGUGCCAGAGACUCGCUACUGGGCGCUAACCGUCAUCCGCUGUGCUGUGCUGGUGCUUGCGAGGACAUCUCAACAAUGGCUGGCCAGAUGAUGGGUGACUUCGUGCACCAGCUGCUCCGGAGAGCGAUGGACUCGGAUACCGACCCCGACGAUGCAGAUGCUCCGGAGGCCGGCGACAAGGAGUUCUUCAGCUCCUGGGCGCUCUUCAUUCUGAUCAUGUUGUUGAUGUUCGCGCUAUUCACGAGUUACAUUCUCCAACAGAGGAAGAUUCAGGCGGUCCAUGAAACGGUCCUGUCUAUCUUUGCUGGCAUGUUCGUCGGGUUGAUUAUCCGUCUGAGUCCCGAAUCACCUAUCCAGGACAGCGUCACGUUCGACUACCAGUUCUUUUUCAACCUCCUCCUCCCUCCAAUCAUUCUGGCAUCGGGCUAUGAAUUACAUCAGGCGAACUUUUUCCGAAACAUCGGCACGAUCCUUACCUUUGCUUUCGCUGGAACCUUCAUCUCCGCCAUCGUGCUGGGACUGGUCUUGUACCUCUGGACGAGGAUCCCCUUGGAUGGGCUGAACAUUUCCUUCGUCGAGGCGAUCUCGGUGGGUGCCACUCUGUCUGCGACGGACCCGGUCACGAUUCUGGCCAUUUUCAACCUCUACAAAGUCGAGCCCAAGCUCUACACGGUCAUCUUCGGCGAGUCGAUUCUAAACGAUGCGAUCGCCAUUGUGCUGUUCGAGACCGCGCAGAAGUAUGCCGACAGCGAUGCGGGCUCCCUGACCUUCCUGAACCUGUUCGAGGCCAUUGGCGUUUUCUUGCUUGUUUUCUUUGGUAGCAUGAUGAUAGGCGUGAUCGUCGGCAUCAUGACCGCCCUGGGGCUCAAGUAUACACACGUCCGACGGGUGCCUAAGAUCGAGAGCUGCCUGAUUGUGCUCAUCGCCUAUGCCAGCUACUUCUUCUCCAAUGGCGUAUAUCUUUCAGGCAUCGUCUCUCUCCUUUUCUGCGGAAUCACGCUCAAGCAUUACGCCUACUAUAACAUGUCGCGUCGCACGCAACUGACGACGAAGUAUCUCUUCCAGGUGAUGGCUCAGCUGUCGGAGAACUUCAUAUUCAUCUACCUCGGCCUCGACCUGCUCGUGCAGAGACACCUGCAGUUCAAGCCGUUGUUCAUCCUGGUGGCCGUUUUCGGUAUCUGUAUCGCGCGAUACCUCGCGGUCUUCCCGUUGUCCAAGGCGAUCAACUGGUUUAUCCGGUACCGCGCCCGUCGCCGUGGGAUGGAUGUCGCCGACGAGCUCCCGUUCGCCUACCAGGCCAUGCUAUUCUGGGCGGGUCUGCGUGGAGCUGUCGGGGUGGCGUUGGCCGCGGGCCUGAAGGGGGUCAAUGCCCCGGCGCUGCGGGCCACCGUCCUCGUGGUGGUGGUGCUGACCGUCAUCAUCUUUGGCGGCACGACCGCGCGGAUGCUGGAGAUCCUCGGGAUCCGGACGGGGGUGGUCGAAGAGAUCGAGUCGGACGAUGAGUUUGACAUCGAGGUCACCAACGGCGGCACCUACUACAAACGCUCCGACACGGGGCUGGGAUACACGCCGCGCCGGAUGGACUCGACCAUCCCGCUGGACGGCGUGCCACGGGGCGAUCUGGACCGGAACAACAGCUACUCGAGCGGCAACAACCGCCACGCGCGGCUCUACUCGAAUGCAUACAACCAGAAGGACACGAACGCCAGCCGCGACCGGUCCUCGACGGCCACGCUGCUGGGGGGUGGCGCCCGCAGCCACAGCCACAGCGACAGCGACGCGGCGAGCGAGGACGAGUUCGGGCUGCGGACGACGACCGGGAAGGGUCGUGCGGUGGAGGCUGACCAGCUGGAUGCGUUCGACCUCGACGUGGACGAUGGCCCGUCUGACGACGACCUGCCCCCGUCGGCCCCGGCCCCGACCACCUCGCGACUGCGGCGCUCGCCGUCGCAGCCGCAACAGUACCUGGGGUCCGCGCAAGACCCCCCUCCGGCCAGCACGUCGCCCACGCGACGGGACACGCUGAGCGCCCGCGAUGCCAUUCGCGACCUGUUCUCGGGAGGCCCGUCCGGGGAUCACGCGGCGUGGUUCCGGCAGCUGGACGAGGAUUAUAUCAAACCGCGCCUUCUGCUGGACCAGUCGAACCACAAGGGACCCGGCGCCGUUUAGAUGAGAUUCCGCAUGUACUUAUAAUGCACGCACUGUCUGCUUCCUGUUCCAUCGCGUUUCCCCGCCCGUGCCCACGCGGGAUUGGGCUCCUGCCUCCUUUCCUCUCUCCUCUGUUCGUUCGAUUGUAGUUUCGCACCGUUUGCUUGCGAUACCCAUCACUAAGUCGCGGGAGGCACUGACAGGUCACUGUGCUUGUGUCGCUUUGCAUGUAUCUAACUAUUAUAUCUUGGGCACACCGGGGUCUGGACACCCCGGAAGAAGGGAUUUCCUUUCUUCUUUCUUAUUUUCCGC